AUGGCAUCGCACCCAUAUUACCCUCUCGAUGCCGUUCUGCCGGGCUACGAGCCCAACGCCGUUGCCCUGCCCACGGUGCUGGCGCUCUUUGGCGGCAUCACGGGAGCCGUCGUCUUCAUCACCUACGCGAUAGCCUCGCGGCGCCAGCCAGCGCUUCGCUCGCUAGAUUGCUUCGCGACCGCUUGGUUUGCACUCUGCGCAUUCCUUCACCUCUGCUUUGAAGGCUACUUCAUUUAUUUCAAAGGCGGCAUUGUCAGCCAGAACACCCUGUUCGCUAUGCUGUGGAAAGAAUACGCCCUCUCCGAUUCUCGCUACCUCACUAGAGACCUAUUCACCCUCUGCAUCGAGACCAUCACCGUCUUUGCCUGGGGGCCCCUCUCGCUCUUCACCGCGCUGGCCAUCAUUUUCAACUCGCCCAGUCGUCACUUUCUCCAAGUCCUCAUCUGCAUGGCGCACCUCUACGGCGUCCUGCUCUACUACAGCACCAACUGGGUCGACUACCGCUUCAGCGGCAUCUCGUACAGCCGGCCCGAGUUCCUCUACUACUGGGUCUACUACGUCGGCUUCAACGCGCCCUGGUUCUUCGUACCUCUCGGUCUACUUUACGAUAGUUGGUCCCAUAUCACCAGCGCAAUCAUGUUCCAAAGAGACGCGCGGCUUGCCGCUAAGAAGCAGUAA